AUGUCGCCGCCCCCCAUCAUUGCCCCCUCCAUCCUCAGCGCCGACUUCUCCAACCUCGGCCAUGACUGCUCCCGCAAGAUGGAGCAGGGCGCCGAUUGGCUCCAUGUCGAUAUCAUGGACGGCCACUUCGUGCCCAACAUGACCAUCGGCUGUCCCGUAGUGUCCCAGAUUCGCGGUUGCGUCGACCGGCCCCUCGAGCCCAGUGGCCGGGGCACCUUUGACUGCCACAUGAUGAUCAUGGAGCCUCAUAAAUGGGUCAACGAGUUCAAAAAGGCCGGUUGCGAUCUGUACUGCUUCCACUACGAGGCGGCCGUCUCCUCCGUCGCCGCGACCGAUCCCACCGACAAAACCACUACCGCGCGCACCAGCCCGCGUCAAUUGAUCAAGUAUAUCCACGAGGAGGGCAUGCAGGCCGGCGUGGCCAUCAAGCCGGACACCCCGGUGGACGUGCUGUGGGACAUUCUCGACAGCCCGGAGCUGGACGAGCGGCCGGACAUGGUUCUCGUCAUGACGGUGCACCCCGGAUUCGGCGGACAGAAAUUCAUGGCCUCGGAGCUGCCCAAGGUGCAGGCGCUGCGGGCGCGGUAUCCGGACCUGAACAUUGAGGUGGACGGAGGCCUGGGCCUGGGCACGAUCGACCAGGCGGCCGACGCGGGUGCCAACGUGAUUGUGGCGGGCUCAGCGAUCUUCGGCGCCUCGGACCCGGCCGAUGUCAUCGCCAAAUUGCGCGAAGCGGUGCAGAAGCGUCAGAGCCGAUCCUGA